CUUGGUUUUACGAGGAGAUGGAGUGUAUUCAGGGAGUGGCGAUUCCGAGGUAUUAUGGCUGUUUCAAGCUGAACCUCGAGAGGGGGUCACGUGUUCAUCCAUGGAACGACCCGCGCUGCUAUUCUCCCGACACCGACCCUGAUUACUGCCCGGAUUUCGUCCAGUACCCGGACGACUCUCUCCUCCAAUCUGGCAUCUCCCCUCAUCCGCUCUUGGAGGAGCUUAUCUUGGAGACCAAUGCCGUUUAUGUCACCGUCCUCGAACGUCUGGGUCCUGAACUUCGCCCCGGCGUCAACCAUCCUCUCCAUGUCCAGUCCGCCUCUUUCUCAUCUCCCGUUUCGUGUAUUGAGUACUGACCGUGUUCGACAUUUUAGGGAAGACAUCAAGGGCGUCUACGAUAACAUCAGUGCCUUAGGCAUUGCUGUCUACGAUGACAUGUGUCGCGAGAAUAUUCUCCAGGCUCCCGUCUCUCCGCCUGGCCUACCAAGCUUGAAAUCUCCCUUCACGAACCGAACGCAUGCUUACCGAGUAGUCGAUUUCGAAUGGGCUGAGAAGACGCCAUUGACGCGUAGGUGCAUGUAUCUCGACCAUGAGUCCUGGCUUUUCAAUAUGUUUGCGUGCAUCAUGUACUGGAAUGCCCCCUUCACUCCUCCGCCCAGUCCUUCAAAAAGCCAGUUGUCCCUUCCGCUCUCGUAGUUGAGUGGUCCUCUAGAUUUCC